AUGUUAUCUCCUUCGGUUGACGGUACUACGAAUAAGACUGAUAACAAUCUUACUACAGAUCCUGAUAUCCCAAAGGGACCAACUGAGAGCCAUGUGCUGUCUCGGGUUGAACAGGACGAGAAAGGCUUCUCACAAAAAGCUGGCCAAACAGCAGAAAUUACCAAUAUCGGAUGGGGUGAAUCUCCCGAUGCCAUCGCUCAGCCUUUAGUGGGCGGACUAUCAAAUGAGGAUUUGUGGAUGCUUAUUCGACGAUUUGACAAGCAAGUCUAUCGAGUCAAAGCAGUCCCAGAUGCUCCCGUGCAGAAACUAGAUCUCACGCGAAAAGACGACGAUGAAUUCUCGCCGGAUAAACUGAGGGCUACACUUGAACGUUGCUACACAACCGUUAUUGUCGGCUUAACCGAUUGUAUCAAACAUAUUGCUCGACUACGGUCUUGGAAAGAGCCGCGACGAACCGCUGCCUUUUGCACGGUUUACGCCUUAUCAUGGCUUCUCGAUCUACUUGUUCCAACUACCCUGGGCACCCUACUUACCCUAGUGGUCUACCCCCCAUGUCGAUCAGUCAUGUUCCCUCCCGCUCCAAUUCCUCUUGUCAGCAAAGAUACGGGCGAUAUACAAAAGCCAAAGGCGGGAAUCCUCGGAUCUGAUGAUAGUAUUACUGGGGCCCCCGAGAAAUUAAAAGGCGAGGCAGCUGAACAAGAGGCCAGUAACCUUGUCGCAAGCGUUGCCUGUGUGGCCGUAGGAGGCGCAGUCGGAAAGCAUGAUCAAGGGGUCCCUGAUGAUACGCCCUUCGAAGACGAUGUACCAGACGCGACGGAUAUGGUUUCUAAUACUGCCGAUGUGCAAAGCGCUGCCCAUGGAAAGGUGCCGAAAGACUCCCGUGAUCAAACACGACCACCUAUGAAGGAGAGCGUGAUGGACGCUGCGAAUAUUUCUAUGCAAGUGGUAGGCGACAUUGCAGAUACCUAUGAGAAGCUGGGAAAUGCUCUGUCUGCAACGACCCCGUUUCCUCAACUGAGUCCUCGUCUGCGACUAGUGGCUGUGUUGGGCCCGGCAUUCCUGGCCUCAAUAUUGACAUCUUGCUAUGUUUUCAUGAAGCUCAGUACACUUUUAAUCGGGCUCGCCUUCUUUGGAGACCCUGUCAUCAGACGAGGGAUUGUAUAUCUGAAUCGCCGCCUUCCAAAUUGGCGGGAGCUUGUUCAGCUGCAAAACUCCCUUCUGAAAGGUAUCCCAACAAAUGCUCAGCUCGCCGUUACUCUUCUCCGCAUCGGCGAGGCUAAUGGGUCACCACUUCCACCCCCUCCAACUUCAGAAGACCGAGUGCCCUCGCGGCCAGCGUCUUUGAACCAGGAGGAACCGACUCCAGAUGCCACUGACGAGGAAAGUAAACAAGCUGCACAGGUCAAUCCCGACGAGCAUGCCCAGGAGGUCCAAGAUCUGCCAGAAAAGAGCCACAAAAAGACAUUGGGGUCUAGAAUACUGGGCUUCUUUCGAGGAACUACAGCUAGUGGCGUUGAGAGCAAAAGAGGGAUUGAUCGCUUGCGAGCAGCAACCGGUUGCCACCAUGCCAAGAAUCGUGUCGGUGUCCUACGUGCUAGAGGGAAAAGGAUAGCACCAAGUGGGCCUGUGACAUUUGACGCUCGAUGCAAAGGUAAGCGCGGCACUGUGAUUAUCGACUCAACCAAGGAGCCUCCACUGCUAUAUUUCACGACCGAUACACCGCAGGAAGGAGACGCACAGUUAGAGAAUCGCAAGAGUGGAUCUGUUCUAUUCAGCAUGCCGGUGACUGAUAUCCAGGAAAUGCGAAAGUUAGGUGGCAUGGGAUGGAAGGGGAAAAUGGUUGUUGGUUGGGCUCUUGGUGGUAAGGAGGUGGUUGAUGGUUUGCUCAUCACUGGCAAAGAGCCAGGGCAGUCAUAUCAACUCACUGCUAUGGGGACGAGGAACCAAUUGUUCAAUCGACUUAUUGCCAUAGACGGACAGGUUUGGGCGAGCUGUUGA